GCAGCCGUGGGCCGGUGUUUUCCGCGACGCGCUUGGCUGCGCGCAUGACUGCGGCGGUCGGUUCGCGCCUCGAUCGACUGGACGCCACUCAUCCGCUGUUCGGGAUCCGGGUCUACACGCAGCAGCCGGCUGUGAGACUGACCGGUGCGCGCUGUCUUGCCACCCCGUCUCGCUCGCUGGGCGGUCCGCGGCUACGCGGGCCGACCGGCCGACCAUGUUCCAUUGCCCCUUUGAAGCAGCUCAAGUCGGGCCUGCCGCAGCAGGCUUCGCAGUGGCGCCAGCAGAUGCCAUGGCUGCGAUGCCAUGGCCACGAUGAGCGGCUCCGGCGGUGGCGUGCGUGCCCUGGGAGAUCAACGUGCUGGCGGGCGACGGGUCAUCGUGCCGGGCCGCCAGGCAUGCGGUCAUGCAGCUACCGCGCUGGCUGCUGGCUUGCGCCCUGGUCAGCCUGGCGGCAGGCGUCACGGGCAUCGUGCUGAGGCGCUGGUUCCGCAGCUACGCUAUCGGAGACAUCCUCUGCAUCAGCGGCAUGACACUCUUCACCACCAUCCUGGCGAGCAUCGCGCUCAAGUUGCUUGGCCGUGCGCUCAAGCGCCGCGUGGCCUGCUCGCGCUUCUCGGAGAUCCUGGGCGUGGUGACGCUUCGCUCGGGCACGCAGCUCGUGGAGCCGCAGGACGUGCGCCUGCUGCCGGCGGGCACGCUCGUAUGCGUCGUGCCACCCACGCAGCCAGUCUUCUAUCCGGACAACGCCGGCGACAUGCUCACCAUCUUCGAGGACUACGCACAGUUCCCCCAGCAGCCACCCAGGAUGUUCGACACGCACCGCCUGUCGCCGGUGUCUACAGCCAAUCACGCCCUUGAACGUCGCGUCGAUACGCCUCCUGUCGUCAUCACCACCUCUUCGUCCGAGGGAUCCACACAAGCCGAACCACCUACCACUUCGGAAGAGGACGACGACGCGACUUCAUCGUCAGACCGACCACCGUCCUACGCCCACCUGUGCGGUGAGCCGCCGCCACCUUAUAAGACCGACAGCAUGUCCACCCUGAACGACGACAUUGGCUAGCUGCGAGAUGUCCUUUAUUGGUUCACGUCCCGUAGACCGGAUCAGCGCUGGGUCCCGCCCGGAACAAGGAGCUGCCGUAGUUGAAGACCCGCUGCGGGCACCGACGCUACGCUGGUUCCUCGCAGUGGCGACCUGCAGCGCGAACGGUGGACGAGACUGAACUGCGCGCGCCGUGCAUGUAUACCUGAACACCUCUCCCUUUCUUUGAGAGACCCACACCUCACCCAAACUUGUGCUAAGCGCUCUCAUAGGCCACGUUUUAUUGUUGUUGUUGUUGAUGUUGUGAAGAAAAAUAUCGGAGAUCUCUUCUUCUCGUUUA